GAGAGAGAGAGAUCGAUCUUGAAGACCCACUUCCCACUGAGAGUUGCUCUGUGUGUGUGUGUCUUAAGUAAUAAAAUGGUUGCGAGAACCCCACCAAAGCAGAGGAAAAUGGUAGCCCCUCUCAAUCCUCUUCUCCUCAGGGAAACAGUGAAGAAGGUGGAUAGAUGCAUGGCUCGGUUGCAGGAGCUGCAGUACACAGUUUCGGGCGGUACGAAGGUGAUUUCUGGAGUGAGUCUCAGCCCAAGGAGCACUCGAGGUUAUCUCAGGACUAGCCUCCGAUGUAAACAAGAAACUGCGAGGAUUAAAGGUUCAGCCCCUAGAAAAUCUCCUGUUGGCAAGUUUCCUGCAAAUGCAGGAGGGGAGUGGCAGAGAAUGUCGCUGCCUGCAAUGCUGGUCGACGAAACAGUUGGAGAAAUCCUACAAGCAAGUAAGUUUGCAAGAGAAAUAAUAGCAGCAGUUGGUAAAAAACCCCAGAAAACCACUUCAGAAGACCCCAAAACCCCAAUGACACAACAGAGGAAACAGAGGCAAAACCCCGAAAACACAGAGCUCAGAGCCAGAAGAAAGAAGGAGAAGCACAACAAGUCUCAAUCCACUCGAUCAGAAUCUGGUUCGCCGAUACUCCAACGGGCUCGUUCCAGGAUCAAUUUCAAGGUCUCACCUCCACACAAGAGGGAAAUGGAGAAAGAAAACAACAGAUACUUGGCAAAUCGAGUGUCUCCGAAAAAUAGGCCAUGGGCUAAAAAAAGUGUGUUGUUUCCCAACCCCUUGUUUUCGGCUUCGGAUUCUUCUCAGCAGCAGAAGUUCUGCAGAACAAGAUCACCAGUCAUUGGUAGAAAUGAUGGCAGUAAUAAUAGGCCACGGAUUCAUACGCCGCACAAGUUCUUGAUCAAGUCCCCGCCUUCUGCUUCGAAGUUUCCUUCAUCUUCCAAGUUUCAGAUCAAGAUCAGGAGCCCUCCAUUGGUUUCUUCUCUGUCUCCAACGAAAGCCAAGAAGUCACCAAAGAUGUCGACUGCCUCAAAACUUCGCAGGUCAUUUUCUCCUUCGAGAUUGGCAACUAGGUUGGUGUCUCCAUUGAAGAGCAGAAAGAGUUUGCAGAAGAGUAGCGAGGGAGGACUAGUAAUGCAUGGUUUGAAACAGCGUCCAACGUCCUCGAUUCCAAUGGGAAUUUCAGCUCGGAGAAUUUGAGAAAUUGGCUUGGUUUGAUUCUUUUAUACCAGAUAUUUUCUUGAUGUCCAUAGUUUCGAAUUUUCAUUGUUCAAUUUUUUUCUUAUGGGUGCGAAUUUGUCUUUCCAUUUUUCAACUAUGUUAGAUCAAAUUUUCUUUCCUUUC